CGUCCGUGCGUAAGCUGUGACGCAAUAGGAGGCAGGCUGGAUAUAAAGUGAAAUGCCUCGAGGUGCAAUUCAGUAAAGAGACGAGAGGAGAGAACAGCAUCAGGACUACAACUUUAAAUACUUUUAAAAACUUUAUAUCUAUUGGAGUUUCGUCCAGAUUUGGUCUUUCAGAUCUUUAUAUCAACUGACGUCUGGGAAGACUGUCGAAAGAAGAAGAAAAGAUGAAAUACAUUAUAGGAAUUGGCGGGGUUACUAAUGGUGGUAAAACCACUCUGACUACUAAACUGAUCCAGACUUUGCCCAACUGCUGUGUUGUGCACCAGGAUGACUUUUUCAAGAAACCCGAUCAAAUAGAAGUCGGGGAGGACGGCUUUAGGCAGUGGGAUGUGAUCACAGCUAUGGACAUGGAAGCCAUGACCAACACGAUAAAAGGCUGGAUCGAGAACCCGACAAAGUUCGCCCGCUCCCACGGCGUCGCCCUGGCUCCUGUUCCUGACGUAACCAACCCUGAUGAACAGAUCCACAUCUUGAUUGUUGAAGGCUUCCUGCUCUACAACUACCCGCCCCUGCUGGAUGUUUUCAACAAGUGCUAUUACAUCGCAAUCCCCUAUGAGGAGUGCAAAAGAAGGAGAAGUACCAGACAGUACACCGUCCCUGAUCCUCCUGGCCUGUUUGACGGUCAUGUGUGGCCCAUGUACCUGAAGCACAGAAAGCAGAUGGAGGACCUCAGUUUGAAUAUUGAGUACCUUGAUGGUUUGAAAUCCAAAGAAGAAAUCUACGGCCAGGUGUAUGAGGACAUUCAGAACAACCUGCUCAAUCGUUUAUAGCAGGAGGACUUCUUCACACCUGUACAGAUUUUGUAAAUAGCCAGUGAUUCUUUUUUUAUAAUGUGUAAUUUUAUUUUAUUUUUUUUACGUGUUAACUUAUGUUAACUUUUUUUUUGCCAUGUUAACUUAUGAUGUUUUUACCUACUUCUCAUGAACAAAAUGUUUUUGUUUCAUUAAAAGUUGACUGGUCGUCAUUAUUUUUGUCAUGCAGUUGACCAUUGUUGGACUACUGGUCUCUACCAGUGUCUCCUUCCAAUAAACCCACGAGUUUCUGUUAAAUACAGAUCAUCAAAACCUC